AUGAUUGCAGUGUUCUCAGGAGUAUUUGCCUUGGUCUUGACCAUCUUCACAACGGCCCGUCCUGUUGAGAUAUUUGCGGCCACUGCGGCGUUCACUUCGGUGCAGGUAGUUUUCGUGGGUGGAACUAGUAUCGAAAGCGGGCAGUGUCAGUGCACUUCUUAG